AUGGAUUAAUGGUCCUCCUCCUCCACCACUCCCAAAUUAAACCUUUUCAACCAUGUUUCAAGAUUUCAUCAAAACACUCCAUGAUUCUUUGCCGGCUGCAACUUUCAGCUAUGCCCUCGCCUUGCUGGGGGUGUUGUGGUUUGCCUGGCUUUUUAUCUUCAACAAGUCUGGAAAUAAUGGGCUGCCGCCAGGUCCCAGACCUCUUCCCUUAGUUGGGAACCUGCUGUCUCUAGAUCCUGAGCUCCACACCUAUUUUGCAGCCUUGUCUAAGGUCCACGGCCCCAUCUACACGCUCUGGCUCGGCAAGAAGCCCGGGAUAAUCAUCAGCUCCCCCGCCAUAGCUCGCGAGGUGCUAAAGGAUCAAGACGCCACUUUUGCGAACCGAGACGUUCCUGUUGUGGGAAGGGAAGCCACCUAUGGAGGCAAGGAUAUUGUGUGGACACCCUAUGGACCCGAAUGGAGGAUGCUGAGGAAGGUAUGCGUCCGCGAUAUGCUUAGCAAUUCCACUCUGGACUCUGUUUAUGAUCUCAGGCGCCGAGAAAUUAGACAGACUAUGAAGUUUUUCUAUGAUCAUGGUGGGAGAACGGUGAAUAUUGGUGAGCAGAUGUUCUUGACUAUCCUUAAUGUGAUUACAGGCAUGAUGUGGGGUGGAACUGUCAAGGGGAAGGAAAGGGAAAGUCUUGCGUCAGAGUUUAGGGAGAUUGUGGCAGAGAUGACAGAGCUAUUAGGCCUCCCUAAUGUUUCUGAUUUUUACCCUGGAUUGGCUAAGUUUGACUUGCAAGGGAUGCAGGGAAAGAUGAAGGGAGUGGCCAGUAAAUUGGACAAGAUUUUUCAGAGCGUAAUUGAUCAGAGAUUGAAAAUGGAUGAGAAGGAGACCAAAGACUUUCUGCAGGUUCUGCUUCAGCUCAAAGAUGAAGGAGAUGAGAAAACUCCUUUCACCAUCACUCAUGUCAAAUCCUUACUCAUGGAUAUGGUUGUUGGUGGAACUGAUACAACAUCGAAUGCUAUUGAGUUUGCCAUGGCUGAGUUGAUGAACAAACCAGAAGUCAUACACAAAUUACAAGAAGAGGUGGAUGCAGUGGUGGGAAAAGACAACAUUGUUGAGGAAUCUCACAUUCAUCAGCUUUCAUAUCUGUAUGCUGUAAUGAAAGAAACACUGCGCCUGCAUCCAACUCUCCCACUCUUGGUGCCUCACUGCCCCACCCAAACUUGCCUCGUUGGGGGAUACACAGUCCCGAAAGGAUCUCGUGUUUUUGUGAAUGUCUGGGCAAUACAUAGAGACCCUUCCAUCUGGGAAAAUCCAUUAGAGUUUCGUCCCGAGAGAUUUUUGGACAGCAAAUGGGAUUUCACUGGGAAAGACUUCAACUACUUUCCUUUUGGUUCUGGGAAAAGAAUUUGUGCUGGGAUGGCGUCGGCUGAGAGGAUGUUCAUGUAUGCACUUGCCUCAAUGAUUCACUCUUUUGACUGGAAAAUGGCUCAAGGAGAUAAAUUAGAGCUUUCAGAGAAGUUUGGGAUUGUGUUGAAGAAAAGAAUUCCUCUGGUUGCUAUCCCAACUCCAAGAUUAUCUCGUCCAAUACUCUAUGAGUAAGCUAAAAGCUAAGAUCAAAUGUUUCCUUUUCCUAUGGAGAUAUAUUGGUCAGCAGCUGUUUGAUGCAAAACUUCACCUGGGGAUUCUGCAAUGGUAGUUCUGCAAAUUGGCAAUCAAUGUAAAAAUGAUGACUUUUUCAUGUUCUAUAUAUACUAACAUAUAUAUGCUUUGUUAUUUAUUCUCACAAAUUCACUCUCCUAUUACUUCCCUC